AUGGACGACCUGAUUGCUCACGUGAAGGCCGCUGCUGCGAACGCCGACGAGAAUGAACGAAAGAAGAUGAUCGAUGAUCUAAGAGAUCUUUCAAUUGAAUUGGAAACCCCAUGGGACUCCAUGCAGCGCAUCAUGUAUCUGCAAUUUCAAUUAACGGGCGCUCAGAUUGGCUGUGACAUGAAGCUCUUUGAGAUCAUGGUCGCCAAGAAGGAACCCAUGACCGUUGAACAGCUAUCAAGAGAGACCGAGUCAGAUCCGGCAUUCUUAGGUGAGUUCACCCCUCAGCUUCAAGUUUUACUCCUUCUCACGAAAGCAUCAGUCCGCUUACUCCGAUAUCUUGCUUCGGUACGAAUGAUUCGAGAGACUGGCAAAAAUACUUUCGAGGCCAACAAGGUCACUGAGGCUUUAGCUCAGAGGGGCUCCAAAGGCGGUAUUGGCCACUACUUUCAUUCGCUUGGCCCCACAUUACAAGCUACGCCCGACUAUCUGGCUGAGAGAAAAUAUCAGAACAUUACCGAUAACACUUGCGCACCGGCUCAAAUCGCAUUCAAUACCAAUGUCCCUUACUUCUACUGGGUCCAACAACAAUCUAGAUUAAUCAACUACUUUGGCGACUUUAUGGUCGGUCAACGUGGUGAAAUGCCGUCCUGGCUCUCCAAGUAUCCAGUUGAGGAAGAAACCAAGGACUGGGAUCCCAAGAAACCUGUCUUUGUUGAUGUCGGUGGUGGCUUCGGUCACAAGUGUUUGGAGCUUAGAAUGGAGAAGCCCGAAGUCCCUGGUCGUGUAAUCUUGCAGGAUCUUGAUCAUGCUAUUGAGAAUGCACUUCCAAUGAAGGAUGUGGAGCUCGAAGUUCAUGACUUUUUCACUCCUCAAACGGUCAAAGGUGCAAAAUACUACUACAUGCGCAAUGUUCUCCAUGACUAUCCAGAUGAGAAGUGCCGCAUCAUUCUAAAGCAUCUGAAAGAUGCGAUGGGUCCAGAUUCGGUUAUCUUGAUCGAUGAUAUGGUUAUCCCCGAGACAGGCGCACAUUGGCAUGCAACACAAAUUGACUUGGUUAUGAUGACUGUCCUGGCAUCGACUGAGCGGACUGUGGACGAGUGGCAUGCCCUUUUGGCCUCGGCAGGUCUUAAAGCAAAGAACAUCGUCCAAUACACCGCCUCUCUCGGAGAUAGCAUAAUAGUGGCUGUUCCUGUCUAA